AUGGCCGACGACCACAGCGGCACGGAAUCUCAUGUGACUGUCCAACGGCGAACUCACUACUCACCACCAUGGGCAGAUGUUAGCAUCAUUGGCAUUGCCGGCAGCUCGGGCUCGGGAAAGUCCACUCUGUCGCAUGCCAUUGUGAGAAAGUUGAAUCUGCCCUGGGUGGUGAUUUUGUCCAUGGACUCUUUCUACAACCCCCUAACUCCCGAGGAAUCCAAGAAGGCUUUUGCCAAUGACUUCGACUUCGAUGCGCCUGAUGCCAUCGACUUCAAUGUUCUCGUUCAAUGUCUUCGAGACCUCAAGGCCGGCAAACGGGCCGAGAUCCCUGUGUACUCCUUUGCCAAGCAUCAACGACUGGACCAAACCACAACCAUCUACUCGCCUCACGUCAUCAUCUUGGAAGGCAUCUUUGCCCUCCACGACCCUCGCAUCAUAGAUCUUUUGGACAUGAGGAUAUUCUGUGAAGCGGAUGCCGAUACGUGUCUGUCUCGAAGAGUGUUAAGAGACGUCAAGGAGCGCGCCCGAGAUGUCGAAGGAAUCAUGAAGCAAUGGUUCAAAUUUGUGAAACCCAACUUCGAAAAGUUCGUUGAGCCUCAACGCAAAGUGGCAGACAUCAUCGUGCCCAGAGGUAUCGAAAACCAUGUCGCGAUGGCCAUGGUUGUUCAGUACAUUGAGCGAAAGUUGAUCGAAAAGUCAACGCACCACCGGGCGGCAUUGACACAGCUGGAGCUCGCUGCUGCCAGCGACCCUUUGUCUGACAGAGUCGUGAUCUUGGACCAGACAACGCAACUCAGAGGCAUGUGUACGAUCAUCCAGGACAUCGACACGUCAGCGGAAGACUUCAUCUUCUACUUUGACCGCCUUGCUUGCUUGUUGAUUGAGCAGGCGCUUAACAAUGUGCAGUUCAGGGAGAAGACCAUUUCCACGCCCCAAGGUUACAAGUAUAAUGGUCUUCAGGCUACAGGCGAUGUGAGUGCGGUGCUUGUUCUCCGAGGCGGUGCUGCCUUUGAGACUGCCCUGAAGAGAGUUGUUCCCGAUAUGAGAACCGGCCGAGUCCUCAUCCAGUCCAACGUACGGACGGGAGAGCCCGAGCUGCAUUACCUUAAGCUUCCGGACAACAUCGACGACCACGAGUCGGUGUUGUUGAUUGACACCCAGAUGGCCAGCGGAGGUGCUGCACUUAUGGCUGUGCAGGUUCUCGUCGACCACGGCGUUGCCCAGGAGAAGAUUGUGUUGGCUUGCUACGCCGCCGGGAGGCUUGGUGUUCACCGGCUCGCCAAGGUUUUCCCUGGUAUCACCAUCGUUCUCUGCAACAUGCUUGCUGAUAUCGAAGAUCGCUGGGUCGAGAAGAAGUACUUCCGAUGCUAG